CCUGUUGGAAAUGGGAGAAGGGGCUGAACCUGCGGCAACUGCGUGUGCUUAAAUCGACGCAGUUUCAAUUCCUAGAUAUGUUGCUAAAGACGCUGGAAUGUUUCAUAGUGAGUAACGUUAGCCGUGAACGGGCGGACUUUAUGGGACUACCUAGCUAGGUAAAUAAGUCACUGAUGUUGCAUAGAUAAAACUCAGUACAUAUCAAAGUAACACUAUAAAUUCAAAUUAAUAAGAAUGUGUUAAACCUUUUCGAAAAGUCGAGUAAUAAUGCAGGUGCUGCAGCUGGUGGCAAGCGCUUACGAGGUUGUUCGCUUAAGCGAGUAACCCUGUGCGAAUACAGCAAAGUAUGCGACUGAGUCUGAUCUGUGUUGAGGCUUACCGUAGAAAAGCAUGGGAACAUUUUAGCUGGCUUUGAAUCUUAUUACUGAGGACACCAGCUAGCUGGCUAGCUAAUUUAGCUAGCUAUGCUAGCAACAGUUGUGGUUUUUAACACGUAAUGAAAUUGCAUUUCACUUUCUGAAUAUUGAAGUUAAAAGAGACGCAUAAUUGUCAUAGUUAUUUUAUUUUGGGGGGCUUUGUUAUUGUGAUCCACUUUGCUAUCUUUCUACAUCGAACCUCGAACUAGAUAAAGAGCUAGUUCAGAGAAGGUUGGACAUGAGUGGACAAGCAAAAAGUUCUGUUCAAGGAGGAGAAUCGUAUGCGGCAAAUUCCACCGGACCAAAGGAAAAUGGGCAAAACAAGUCUAAUUCAUCCGGGAUUAGCAAACCACCUCCCGUGGAUCAGAGCGAACAGUCACACGCGUCUGAAUUUACGCAGACGUGGACGCAGUUGGCAAAAACGUUUGUAAUAAUUUUCCCUAUAUACGUAUUGGGUUUUUUUGAGUUCAGUUUCAGUUGGAUUUUAAUUGGACUGACAAUAUUUUUCUGGUGGAGAAAAAAUAAAGGAUGCAAAAACAACAGGCUAAACAGAGCUUUGGCAUUCUUUGAACACGAAGAGAAAGCCGUCAAGCAAAGUUUGCCAAGUUCGGAGUUGCCACCAUGGGUACACUUUCCAGACGUGGAGAGAGUAGAAUGGCUAAACAAGACUGUGAAGCAGAUGUGGCCCUACAUUUGCCAGUUUGUGGACAAGCUGUUCCGGGAGACCAUCGAGCCGGCGGUGAAAGGAGCCAACGCUCACCUCAGCACCUUCUGCUUCUCCAAAAUCGACAUGGGGGACCAGCCCCUGAGGAUUAACGGGGUCAAGGUGUACACCGAGAAUGUCGACAAGCGACAAAUCAUCAUGGAUCUGCAGAUCAGCUUUGUGGGAAACACAGAAAUCGACGUCGACAUCAAAAGGUACUACUGCAGAGCUGGCAUCAAGAGCAUCCAGCUUCAUGGUAUUCUGAGGGUGGUCAUGGACCCGUUGCUUGGAGACAUGCCGCUGGUCGGAGCCCUGUCCGUGUUCUUCCUGAAGAAACCUUUGCUGGACAUUAACUGGACAGGCCUCACGAAUAUGCUGGACAUUCCGGGAUUGAACGGCCUCGCUGACGGCCUGAUCCAGGACAUAAUCUACAGCUACCUGGUGCUGCCCAACCGAAUCACCAUUCCGCUGGUGGGCGAGGCUCAGCUGACACGCCUGCGCUUCCCUAUGCCGAAGGGCAUACUGAGGAUCCACUUCCUGGAAGCCCAAGAUCUGGAGGGGAAAGACAAGUUCCUGGGAGGGCUGAUCAAGGGGAAAUCAGACCCGUAUGGCGUCAUUCAGCUGGGAAACCAGCUGUUCCAAAGCAAGACUAUCAAAGCCACCAUUAAUCCAAAAUGGAACGAGGUGUAUGAGGUCAUGGUGUACGAGCACUCUGGUCAGCACCUGGAGAUCGAGCUGUUCGACGAAGACCCCGACAGAGACGACUUCCUGGGCAGUCUGAUGAUUGAUAUGACAGAGCUUCAUAAGGAACAGAAGGUUGAUCAGUGGUUUGACUUGGAGGAAGUCUCCACAGGGAAGCUGCACCUGUCCUUGGAAUGGCUGUUCCUUCUCUCCACUCCUGAAAAGCUUGAUCAGGCCCUCACAAGCAUCCGUGCAGACAAAGGCCAGGCCAACGACGGCCUCUCGUCCGCGCUGCUGGUGGUUUACCUGGACUCUGCCAGGAACCUGCCGCGAAAUCCUUUUGAAUUUAACCACGAUGGCUUGAAGCAGGCUUCAAUGAAUAAGGCACUCAAGUCUGGAAAGAAAGUGAGCAGUGACCCCAGCCCUUAUGUGCAGUUUACUGUUGGGCACAAAACCUUCGACAGUAAGAUACGGUACAAGACCAAUGAACCACUCUGGGAAGAAGCCUUCUCCUUUCUCAUCCACAACCCCAAAUGUCAGGAGCUUGUGGUUGAGGUGAAGGACGACAAGCACAAGUGUUCCCUGGGAACCCUGAGCGUCCCCCUGCUGCGACUCCUGGAGGAGGAGGACAUGACGCUGAACCAGAGCUUCCCUCUGAAGAACUCCGGGCCCAGCUGCACCCUGAAGCUGAAGAUGGCUCUGCGGAUCCUCUGCCAGGAGAAGCUGACGGCGUCGGACCAGCCGUCCUUGGUGCAGGUGAGGAAGGCCAGCGCCAGCGUACCACCUCUCAGGCCCCCUGUCGCCGAACCGCACCGCCCCGCCAGCGACCACGCCCCCUCCACCUCCGCCUCCGCCUCCGCCCUGGAGCCGCAGCGGUGGGCGGAGAGCCCGGAGCAGGCCUUCGCGGGGAGCCCCGUCCGGCUGGCCGACGCCGGGAGGAGCACCUCCAACCUGGCCAUCUUCGGCUCGCAGCCGCACCUGGCGCACAGGGAGUCCACGCCCAGCAUCGCCUCGGACCUCUCCAUGCCCUUCGCCACCCAGGAGCUGCAGCAGAGGCUGCGGCAGCUGCAGAAUGGGACCGCCUCCAGCCAGUUCCCCCUGGGGGAGAUUCAGCUGACGGUUCGACACAGCUCCCAGAGGAACAAGCUCAUUGUGGUGGUGCACGCGUGCCGGAACCUCAUUGCCUUCACAAAGGACGGCUCAGACCCGUAUGUGCGCAUCUACCUGCUUCCUGAGAAGAGCAGGUCGGGCCGAAGGAAGACCCACAUGCUGAAGAAGACCCUAAACCCAGUGUAUGACCAAACGUUUGAGUUCAGCGUGUCCACAGUGGAGCUGCACAGGAGAACCCUUGACAUUGCUGUGAAGAAUGGAGGAGGACUUCUGUCCAAACAAAAAGGGCUGUUGGGAAAGGUGAUGCUGGAUUUGACACAUGAAGAGAUGGCCAAAGGAUGGACACAGUGGUAUGAUCUUACCGAAGACGGAUUACGAAAAACACACCAGGCCUAGAUGAACACCACCUCACUUAACCAAGGCCUACAUCUGGACUUCAUUAUUUCGGCUUAUACAUAUGGCAAAGAUGAUCAGCUUUUCUAUGGCAUUUCAUUUUAUCUAAUGGGCACUCAUAUGAAAAAUAUGCACAACCGGGAGUUCAAUUUUUUACAAAUAUUAUUUACUUUGAAGCAUUUCAUUUGUUCCAAUGUUCCUUUUCAGAUAUGUGUCUGUGUACUUGUGUUACGGGAAGCAUGAGGUGUUAUAUGUAAGUAAAAUUGCAUAUAUACCACCCAUCAAUUG